CACCUCUCUGUGCUCCCACAAUGGCUUCAUCCAGCAUAUCGCUUGUAGUGCGCCCCCGUGGCCGACCGAUCAAGAACCUUCCCGAAUCCAUCACCAUCAGCCCGGACGACUCAACCACUCAGAUAUUCGAGAAAAUUGCGAGUGCCUCUAAGUCUUCCACCCACCGGCUGAGAAUUACAAAGGGCAGCGAUGGCUCGCCAAUCCCCAACACCGGUUCGGUGACAGUAUACCAAACAGGACUUCGGAGCAGGAGUGCAAUAGACGUGAAGGACCUCGGCCCCCAAAUUGCCUGGCGGACAGUCUUCAUAGUCGAGUACCUUGGCCCCCUCCUCAUCCACCCUCUCGUCUACUCGGCCCGCGCUUUGAUCUACGGCACCUCCACUCCACCCUCCGAGCUACAAAAACUUUCACUACUUAUGGUCUCGCUGCAUUUUUUGAAGCGCGAGUUUGAGACCCUCUUCGUACACCGCUUCUCCCUCGCUACCAUGCCCGCCAGGAACAUUUUCAAGAACAGCGCGCACUACUGGCUAUUGUCGGGCUUGAACCUGGCAUACUGGACUUAUGGCCCCAAUGCACCGACCGCUCGUGCCUCAAAUCCUCUGAUAACCUACGCCGGAAUUGCGCUCUUCGUGAUCGGCGAGUUGGGAAACCUGUCCAACCACUACACGCUGAAGAAUCUGCGGCGCCCAGGCAGCACCGACCGAGGGAUCCCAAAGGGGCUUGGUUUUAGCCUCGUGACGUGCCCUAACUACAUGUUUGAGACUAUGGCUUGGGUUGGCGUCUGGCUGGUCAAUUGGAGUCUGAGCACUGGCGUGUUUCUGGUGGCGGCAGCCGUCCAGAUGGCCUUGUGGGCGAAGAAGAAGGAAAAGCGCUACCGCAAGGAAUUCGGGGACAAAUACAGGCGCAAGCGGUUCGUCAUGCUCCCAGGUAUCUACUAAGUUUGGGCACUGCAACGUAGAGAACCAGCGGUUACCGUCGGUGGCAGGGCUGUUCUACACAAUUGCAGCUCGCGCCGAGGCUGAGACGGGCCUUGCAUCAUCUCAUCACCAUCAUCGCCCGCACGCCGCACGAGAUCAAAUUGUUGUAGCGGAGGCCGCUAGGUCGCCGUUGCAAUGCUACCUCCGCCAUGUUUUUGUGUGCAGUGGCACAACAACAAUGGCAACAAUAGCAUCGCCGUACGUUAUAUACGCUGCUUCGAUAAUUC